GGGACCGCGCACACCUGCAGCGGGAGGGGGGUCCGUGUCCCGGGGGGCCACGUGGGCGAGGGGACGGGGGGGACACGGGGGGACACGGGGGUGUAAGAGAUGUCCUGUGUGCACGGGCACGUGUGUGUGUGUAAGAGCUGCUCUGUGGGCACGGGCGCACGCGUGGGGGGGGCUGCCACACACAUGUGAACACACGUGUGCCAGGGCUGUUCCGGUCUGCAGGGGACACGUGUGUGUGUAAGGGAUGCUCCGUGGGCACGGGCACACGUGGGCAUGGGCCACAGAACUGCCAUGGACGUGGGCAGACACGUGUGCAAGAGCUGCCCUGUGUGUUUGGGCGCACGUGUGCUCUGUGGGCACACGUGUGCUCUGUGGGCACAUGCACUGCGUGUACAAGAGCUGCCUGUUGGACAGGAAUAUGUACAUAUGUGCACAGGGGCUGCCCUGUGUGCAUAGACACACACAGGGGCAGGGUGCCACAAACAUGGGCACACGCAUGUGCAAGGGGCUGCUCUGUGGGCAGGGACGCUUGGCCAUGAGCCGUCACACGCUUGGGCACACACGUGUGUGUAAGAGUGGCUUGGUGGGCACAGACACGUGCAGGGGCUGCCCUGUGGGCAGGGAAACACGCAUGGGCAGGGGCUGCCACACACAUGAGCACACGCGUGUGCGAGAGCUGCCUGGUGGGUGUUGACAUGUGUGGGCAGGAGCUGCCCUGUGGGCACGGGCACAUGUGUGUGCAAGAGCUGCCACAUACGUGGGCAGGUAUAUGUGCAAAAGAUGCCCCAUGGGCUCAGGCUCACAUGUGAGCAGGAGCUGCUCUCUGUGGGCACAGACACACGUGUGCAAGAGCUACUGAGUCUGCAUGGACACGUGUGUGUGUGUGUGUGCGUAAGAACUGCCCUGGGUGCAUGGUCAUGUAAGAGCUGCCAGGCACGCGGGCACACGUGUGUGCUAGAGCUCCCUGAUUGCACAGAGACACACAUGGUCAGGAGCUGCCACCCACAUGGGCACACGUGUGUGCAGGGACUGCCCUGUGUGCAUGGACACACAUGGGCAAGAGCUGCCACCCACAUGGGCACACGUGUGUGCAGGGACUGCCCUGUGUGCAUGGACACACAUGGGCAAGAGCUGCCACCCACAUGGGCACAACGUGUGCAGGGGCUGCCAGGUGGGCAGGGACACAUGGGCAGGAGCUGCCCUGUGGGUACGUGCACAUGUGUGUGCAAGAGCUGCCCUGUGGGCUCAGGCAUACGUGUGGGCAGGAGCUGCUGCACACAUGGGCACAUGUAUGUGCAAGAGCUAUACGGUGGGCACAGUUGUGGGCGGGAGCUGCCUGGAGGGCAGGGACACACGUGGGCAGGAGCUGACACACAUAUGAGCACACGUGUGUAAGAGCUGCCUGGUGGGCAGGAACAUACAUGUGGGCAGGGGCUGCCUUGUGUGCAGAAACACACAUGGGCAGGAGCACGCGUGCAGGGACUGCCAGGUGGGCAGGAACACGCAUGGCCUGGAGCUGACACACAUAUGGGCACAUGUGUGUAAGAGCUGCCAAGUGGGCAGGGACACAUGGGCAGGAGCUGACAUGUGUGCAUGGGCACACAUGUAAGAGCUGCUCUGUGUGCACAGACACACACUGGGCAGAGGCUCCCACACACAUGGGCACACACGUGUGCAAGAGCUGCCUGGCAGGCAGAGACACACACGUGGGCAGGAGCUGGCACACAGAUGGACACACACAUGUGCCAGAGCUGUCAUGGUUGCAGGGGGACACACAUGGGCAGGAGCUGCCACACUCGAGCACACACGUGCAAGAAAUGCUUGGUGGGCACAGACGUAAGUGGGCAGGAGCUGCCUGGUGGGCCUGGGCACACGCGUGUGCAAGAGCUGCCCCAUGUGCACGGACUGUCCUCCGUGGUCCCCGCAGUGCCCACCCAGUGCUGGUGCCAGUGCUGGUGCCAGUGGGUGCUGAUGCCCGGCCAAAGUGGGAGGGUGGGCGCGGGGAGCAGCUUCUCCUCCCGGUGCCAUCGAUGUCCACGGUACCGGGGCAGUGCCGGGUUAGGGUGGGAGGUACUGGGGAGCGGGAUUGGGCUGGAGCUGCCGGUCCCACUGAUGGGCCGAUGGAUGCCAGAGGUACCGGGCAGUGCCAGGGAUGCCAGUCCCAGCUGCUCGGGCAAUGCUGCUCCCGGUGCCGGUAGAUGUUCAUGGUACCGAGGCAGUGCCGGCUUGGGGUGGGGGCACCGGGAGGGGACCGGGAGGGUGGCGAGGAGCUGGAUUGCAGCCGGGCUUCCGGUCCCGGUGCCGGUAUGGAUGUCGGCGGUACCAGUCGGGGUGGGGGGGUCUGCCGGUCUCGGUGCCGGUGCCAGUCUCGGUGCCGGUCGAUGUCGACGGUACCAAGGAGUUGCCAGGGAUGCCGGUCCCGCUGCCGGUGGAUAUCGGCUGUACGGGGGGUUGCCGGAUUGAGGCGUGGCUGCCGGUGCCGGUGCCGGUGCCGGUGCCGGUGCCGGUGCCGUUGCCGCUGGAUGCCGGCGGUACCGUCCGGCGGGGGGUUGCCGGUCUCGGUGCCCGUGGGUGCCGGUGCCGGUGGGUGUCGGUGCCGCCCGCCAAGGGUUAAUGGCACUCGGUGAAGUUGCCGGGCGGCGGCGCGGCGGGAUUGGCCCGAAGUUGUCGGGGCGGGCCGGGCUGUGCCGAGCCCCGCCGGGGCCGCCCCGCCCGCCGCCCCCCGCCGCCCCCCGCCCGCCGCCGGCGGAGCCAUGCGCCCCGCGCCGCUGCUCGGGCUCCUGCUCUGGGCGCCGCUGCUCUGGGCGCCGCCGGUGCGCGUCACCCGCCACGGCGUCCACUGGAACGGCAGCAACCCCAGGUUCCUGCGGGACGACUACUCCAUCCAGGUGGCCAUCAAUGACUACCUGGACAUCUACUGCCCGCACUACGAGGGGGCCGUGCCCGCCGGCCGGGCAGAGACCUUCACGCUCUUCAUGGUGGACCGGGAGGGUUAUCGCGGCUGCUACGAGACCCCCGGUGCCUUCAAGCGCUGGGAGUGCAACCGGCCCCGGGCACCCUUCGGGCCCGUCCGCUUCUCCGAGAAGAUCCAGCGCUUCACCCCCUUCUCACUCGGCUUCGAGUUCCAGCCGGGGGAGACCUACUACUACAUCUCCGUCCCCAGCCCCGAGAGCGCCGGGCGCUGCCUGAAGCUGCGCGUCACCGUCUGCUGCCGAGGCACCACACCGGAGCCGGUGACAGAGGUGCCCAAUUCGCAGCCCCACGGGCGUGGGGGGCCCGAGGAUGCUGUGCCUGCGCGGGGCACCGCGGCCCCACCGCAGCCCUGCACGCCGUGCCUGGCACUCGUGCUCCUGGCCCUGCUCCGGAUCUGACCCCCGGCACUGCCCGUGGUGGGGGGAUGGGCUCCUCUGCCCCGGCGCCGCUUCCAGACUGUUCCUCACCGCCAACCCCCUCGAGCCCGUGGGGCAGCCCCGGGCCACGACCCACCUGCUGGACCUCCACAAAGCCGAGCCGGGGCCGGGAGCUCCGGGCUGGAAGGGCUGUCGCUUGCCAGCGGCAUCGCCGCACGCCGGGAUUGCCACGGGUCAGCACCGCUGGACACCAGGAUCACUGCACACCGGCAUCGCCCCCAUGGCAUCACCCCGGCACUGGGCUCCCCUCAGCAAAUGCCUCCUCUGCCCCACGGCCGUCACCUCAUCUCGUGCCUUCCCCCGUGGACCCCCCGCCCCAGGGGGCCCAGGGACCCCCCAGGCCCUGGAGCGGGGCAGCAGCUCCGAUGGCAGCGUCGGCCACUGCCGUGUCCUCCUCCUCCUCUGGUGAGGACACACCGAUCUGUCUUCUGGGAAGACGCCUUCCUCCGUGCCCUCAGUUUGGUUUUAAGCCCUGGUAGUGACUGAGCAAUACAGUGUUUGCAAGAUC